AUGCAGCAACAGGACAACAAGCCUUUGGAAAUUGUUCAUGACGAUCGGACAAUGAGCUCGCUCAACAAGAAUAUAACGCAAGAACAACAAGAAGGAGUCAAUAAUAAUUUAUCAUCUUCUACCCCCUUUUCAAGCCCAUUUCUUUUGAGUAAUGAUGAAAUUCGGAAACUCAGAAUUGAAGAUCAUCGGUUGGAGUGGUAUCGAAGAAGACACUAUCAAAAUUGUUUUGCAUUGGAUACAUGGUAUCAACAAUUGGAGAAGUAUACAUUUCGUACUGUGAGCGUAGAAUUGAAAUUUGAAGAAGCCAAGGCUUUAAUUUCUCUGAUUAAAUUGAAUCAAAGUAGCAAUGAGAGAGUAGCGAGUGAUUUUAAGCAUCGUUUAACCGAUUCCGAGUUGAAAUUGUUGAAGAAUAUUGAGGAGAGAAUCGAUGACUGUAUGAAACAACACGAAGAAAUGUUUAAGAAUGGAGCAUUUGUUAAAUUGAAUACUAGGAGUCCAAAAGACGUUCCUUGGAGAGAACAUGAAAAUCCCAUCUAUCAACAACUAGUCCAAAUAGAAAUGGAUCAAUUGCAAGAAAACACUCCCAACCAUGUAUAUAUUGCAUUCUUAAAAGCAAUGAAUAAGAGCAUGAGAGUUCGAAAUGGAAAAGAGGCUCUAGAACUUCUAAGUCGUUCACAACGAAUUUAUGAAGAUUUACAAAAGAAUACAGAAUUUGGUGAGGAAUUGUAUGAUAGCAAAAUUAUCAUUCGAGAGUGGAUUGAUGAAGUUAUUGAGAACCCUCAGUACGAAUUUCGAUGUUUUGUUCAUGAAAAUCGUUUGAACGCAAUUUCACAAUAUUUCUGUGAUGUUAAGUUUCAAGAAUUAUGUGAUCGAAAACUAGAAAUUCAGCAUCAAAUUAAUGACUUCUUUCAAAACACGGUAUUGACCUCAAUCACACAUGCAAGUUUUGUGAUUGACUUUUUUGUUUCACCUACAAGAGGAGUCAUGGUGAUUGAGUUAAAUCCCUUUCAUAUUGGUGCUGGAGCUUGUUUAUUUUCAUGGAAACAAGAUCGACAAAUCAUGAUGUUUGGUCCCCAAGAAUUUAGAAUUAAGGAACAAAAUGCAGACGAAUCCAUUUACAAAUCAUUUUUAACCGUUCCAUGGGAGAAGCAUUUAGUUUUGCAUCACCAUGUUCAAUCUCCCAAUUAUUCGAGAGAGGAGCUUCUUUUGAAGAACAAGGAAGCUCCUGAAGAAGGUAAAUGUGUGUUGGCUUAA